GGAGAGAGUUGCUCAUUCCAACUAGAGUGAGGAAGGGGAAGGACAAGAGGAGACCAUGGCGAAGAAUGUGGCCAUCAUCGGGGCUGGGGUGAGUGGGCUAAUCUCUCUGAAGUGCUGCCUGGAUGAAGGACUUCAGCCCACUUGCUUUGAGAGGACCGAAGACAUAGGGGGCCUGUGGAGGUUCAAAGAAGAAGUGGAGGAAGGACGUGCCAGUAUCUAUAAAUCUGUUAUCACCAAUACCUGCAAAGAAAUGUCCUGUUUCAGUGACUUCCCAAUGCCUGAUGAUUUCCCAAACUUCCUACCCAACUCUACAAUCUUGGAAUAUUUCCGGAUUUUUGCCCAAAAGUUUGAUCUCCUGAAAUAUAUUCAGUUUCAGACUGCUGUCCUCAAUGUAAAAAAACACAACAAUUUCUCUUCUACUGGCAAAUGGGAUGUUAUUACUGAGAGAAACGGGAAGGAGGAGUCAGCUACCUUUGAUGCAGUUAUGGUUUGCAGUGGUCAUCAUAUCCUCCCCAACAUUCCACUAGACUCAUUUCCAGGUAUUGAGAGGUUUAAAGGCCCGUAUUUCCAUAGUCGCCAAUACAAGAAUCCAGAAGAAUUUGAGGGAAAGAGAAUUCUGGUGAUUGGGUCCGGAAAUUCAGGCUCGGAUAUGUCAACUGAGCUGUGUAAGAAGGCUGAUCAGGUAUUUAUGAGCACCAGGCACGGCUCGUGGGUCAUGAGCCGAAUUUCUGACUGUGGCUAUCCUUGGGACAUGACAUUCCACACCAGAUUCAACACCAUGCUCAGAAAUAUGCUCCCACCAAAGAUCGUGGAAUGGAUGAUGGAGACACAGAUGAAUCGGUGGUUUGACCAUGAAAACUAUGGCCUGGUACCUGAAAACAAGUGUCUGAUGAAAGAGCCGAUAGUGAAUGAUGAUCUCCCAAGCCGAAUCCUCUGUGGGGCCAUUAAAAUAAAAACCACAGUAAAGGAGCUCACAGAAACCUCUGCCAUCUUUGAGGAUGGAAGCAUAGAGGACAUUGAUGUGAUCAUCUUUGCCACAGGAUAUAAGUUUGCUUUUCCCUUCCUUGAUGAGUCCAUUGUCAAAGUGGAACACAACCAGGUGAAGCUGUACAAGUACGUUUUCCCUCCUAAUCUGGAGAAAUCAACUCUAGCAUUCAUUGGCCUCAUCCAGCCCCUGGGAUCCAUCUUCCCAACCUCUGAACUCCAAGCUCGCUGGGUGACAAGAGUUUUCAAAGGGCUGUGUACAAUACCCUCAGAGAGCACUAUGAGGGCAAGCAUCGAAACAAGGAAGGAAAAAAGAGUUGAACUGUUUGGAAAGAGCCAGAGCCAGACUUUGCAAACCACCCACAUCGACUACUUGGAUGAACUUGCCACAGAGAUAGGAGUCAAACCCAACAUUCUCUCGAUCUUCAUAAAAGACCCUAAACUGGCCCUGAAGCUUUACUUUGGGCCCUGCAAUCCGUAUCAGUAUCGUCUAGAUGGCCCUGGGAAGUGGAAGGAAGCCAGAAAUGCCAUCUUCACCCAGGAGCAAAGGGUCUUAAAGCCUUUGAAAACCCGUGUCAUAAAGGAUUCUUCCAUGCCUUCUCUUGCUUCCUUGUUGAAAGUCCUGGGCCUUGUUGCUAUUGUGCUGUCUAUUUUUUUCAAUUUCCUUUAAUUCUGGGUCCUAGUUAUGAAGGUUGGGGGAGGAGGAUUGAUGAAUUUUAUCUGGGAGAAUAUAAGUUACUUGAGGGUAAGUACUGUUUUGUUUUUUAUCUUUGUCACCCAAGUGCCCAAUAUCAGGUCAAGUCAAAUAAAUAAGCAUUUAUUAAGCACCUACUAUGUGCUGGACAAUUUUCUAAAGACCGGGGAGACAAAGAAAGGCAAAAGCAGUCCUUGCUCUCAAAGAGCCUGUAGUCUAAUAAAUGUUGUUGAAUUAAAGACAAAAAAAGAGAGAGAGGCAUAGACAUACAUCCGUGUAUGGGGAAAAAAUGCUUGAAAACUACCUGACUAGAUACACAACUUUACCAUGGCAAGAGAUGAGGAAAAGGGAUGAUGUGGAAAAAAGUAGUGUUAUUGUUAUAAAACCAGCUUUGUGGAUAAUAUGCUAAAAAUUAACUAUAGCAUUAAAAUAUCUUACUAUCCCAUCCUUCCCACAGUGGGUGACAAGAGGUUAAAAUGUCCCUUUUUUUAAAGCAUGGAACAUAAUAAGUAUCAUUGCCAGCUAUGAGCAUGUGGUGGUUAUAGGGAGAAAAGCCAUAGAUCACACAUGUCCCUUGAUUCUAAGUUGUAAGGUAAUCAAAACAGUUGAAGAUUAUUUAAAACCAUUUCUCUGGAGUCACAUUCUUGAUGGCCUUCCCAUCUGGUCUCCAUUUGGUAAAUUCCUCACUGCUCUGAACCCAAACUCAAGUUCUUGGCAAAGCCCCCAAAAUGCUGAAGGGAAAUAUUUGAUCAGAGAUUAUACAGAUGAACAAGAGAUCAGCCAGAAGUCCCCCAUGCCAUCUUUUCACUCAAUUCUUGAGAUUUAACAAAUCAUCACAUUCUUUCAAUUGUGGUUGCAAAACCAAAACAAAACCAAAAAACCACUGCUAUUUUUAUAUGUCAUUUUGCAGCACACAUUAAAUAGUAUAAUCAAAAGAGGACCUGGGCUCCAAAGCUAGUUCUGCUAUGUCUUACCUGGGGCAAACCACCUAAUCUUCCUGGAAUAUAAAAUGAGAGGUCAAAUGAUAUUAUCUCUAAUGUCCCUUCCAGCUCUAAAUCAAUGAUCCUAUACACUCCAGACUUCCUCAAGCAUGCCCCAGGUCUUC